AUGACCAUUUUUGCUUUGAUCCUGUCUCUCUGCUUCACUCAGGGUCAGUUAUUCGUUGAGAUUAUUUAUAGUAAUGCUACAGAUCUUAACUUGAUUUCAUACACAUCAAACUUCCUCAAGCAAACUUUAAACAACCAAAUUGAGCUUAGAGAAACGAUCUUCACACAUUGUUCUGAUACAGCUUACUUUGCUGAAGCUCAAGUUAUAAUAGAUUUAACGUCAAGCCUUUGAUUUGGAAGCUGCAUAAAACAUUUAGCGAAUCAAGCCCACUUCAUAAUUAUAGCCUAAGCUAACUUAUUGCUCACUUGGACUAUCUCUUAUAGCUCUAACUCGUGAAGUUGGUUCGGCUCCAAUAUUUAAGAAGUAACUCCACGAGUUGACAAUUGGCCUAUAGUUAGCAUUUGUGAACUCGUAGAGUUGGUAUGGGGAAGUAUUGGGAGUUGAGCCAGCUCCACAAUUUGGAGCUUCUAGUAGUUGUCCAGGGUGAAUAAUAAGCUGCUCUGAGCUAUAUAAGCUCAAACCCAAGCUCAGAAUCCUAUAACGAGUGGCAAUUUUUCUCCAGUUACCAUAUCCAAGAACACUAUGAUGCUUUAUUAAAUUUAGUUGAGUUUUUUAAUUGGGACAAAUUUAUAAUUAUUUCCAGUCAUAAUUCUGAAGAAAUUUAUAAUGGAUCAUUGAAUGGAUUUUCUGAUAAAAAUAUAAAAUUUUUUAAUUUUGCAGAGAAUGAAACUCAAGACCACGCAGAUCAGUUAAUUGGAAAACUCAUUAAGCCUACUGGGAUAAAAAAUAUUGCGAUCUUAAAUGAAGGAAAUAGUGCUGAAAAAUUAGUCGAAAGCUUAAAGAAAAAAAAUAUAUUUAGUUCUGGCUGUGGAAUCAUCUUAGGUAGCAAAAGCUUAUGGAAUAUUAAAGAAGACGGAGUUUUAGCUUAUAUUGAGUUGGGUUUAGAAAACUCUGUUGAUAAUUACAGUUAUGAAGCUUUAGCAUAUGCAAAAUUUAUAAAGCUAAUUUUAGAGUUUCAAGAUUUUUCUGAUUCUUUUAAAUUGAGAUUAUUUUUAGAAGAAAAUACCAAAAAUCAUCAUCUCCAGCCUAAGUUUUCGUUGAUAAAUAUACAAAAUAGUUCUAAAGCAAAGGUCGGAGAAAUUUAUCAAAAUCUGUCAAUAAAUGAUAAAAUAUUUUUUCCUGGGAACUCAAUUGUUGUUCCAAACUCGCCAAUAUCUAAUAUCACUAUAUCUAUGGCUGAUGGAGUGACUAAUCCAGGAUACAUAAACAGCAGCUAUUCGUAUCCAGUCAAGUGAGGUGCACAAUUUGCUUUGUCAAAAAUAAAAGAAACUAAUAUUUUAGAGGGGUUUGAAAUUAUAGUGCAGCAUACAGAUUGCGGAGCUGAGGUUUAUAGCCCAACUUAUUCAUAUAGCUGCUUCAAUAAAUUAAAAACCCAGCUUGGAGUUGGACUGUUAACUACAACAACAGCUCCAACCUGCAUUGGAAAUAUACUUUCGCUGAGGAAAUUAGGAAUUUCAAUUCCACAUAUCUCUGAAAAUGCCCCAGCACCUACUUUAACAAAUAAAAAAGUAUACCCAGAGUUCAUGAGAGUAAUUAAAGAUAGUCGAUAUAAUGCAGGCGUUUUAUUUAGCCUCAUAGCUACCUUUAAUUGAAAAAAUAUCAUUGUUUAUUAUGAAAACUCUACUGGACCUAUUAUGGUUUAUCAAUAUUUUGAGAAAAUGACAAACAGCACAAACAUAAAUAUAAUAAACAAACCUAGUGAAAGAUUAAUUAAAAUAAAUUAUAGGCAUACUGAUUAUGCGCAAUAUAAGCCAUGAAUGCUCAAUGCAAUAAAUUUAAAAACAAGAAUUUGAAUUCUGUUUGUAAAUGCACCGUCAGAAUUUUACUUUAUUGAAGAUUUGUAUGAUACAGGACUAAAAAGGGGUGAUGCUAUUUUUUUGUUUUAUAAUAGGAUUGCUUUCGCUCUACCUACAGAGCCUGAUCCUAUACAAAGUCAAAAGUUAUUAGAGCUCCUAUAUGGCUCUAUUGCUGUUGACCAAGCAGAUUGGGUGGGAGAUUAUGGUCAACAGCUUAAAGAGGGAUAUGUAAAAGUUUUUGGCUCAGAUACAGUAUUUCGAUGCUUCUCAUUUGAUGCAGCAAUGCUGCUGCUAAACGGAAUCAAGUAUACGAUAGAUCAGGGAGAAAAUGUUGAAGAUACAGCAAUAUUGAAUGCCAAUUUGAGGGUGCAAAAAUUUAUUGGAUGCUCUGGCACCGUUUCAGUAGAUCCCGAUUCUAACCAGAGAAGCACAAGCAUGAUGAGCAUUUUUAAUUUAAAAUGGAAUGAAGCAAAAAAUUUAUUAUAUGAGUUUCCGGCAGGAAAAUAUGACUUAGGGAGCGCUCAGCUUAUACAAUUUUAUGAUAAUAUAAAUUGAUACGAUAAUACAACUGAUAUUCCUUCAGAUACAAUUACAUAUAGCGAAUGCCCUUUUGAUAAGAAUCAUGCUAAAUAUUCUGAGAAAGGUGCAUCAAUUCUUUAUUGUGUGGGACUUUUCAUUGUUGUAGUGACAACUAGUACAACUUUUUAUAUAUGAAAGAGAUGGUGGAAAGUUGAAAUCCCUAAUUUAACGACAAAAUCAUUGAUAAAAUUCGAAGACUAUGUUGCAAUGACUAUGAUCUUUAUAUAUUUCCUCCAAUACUUAGCAAUGGGGCCAGAUCUGGAUAAAUAUGAUAAAUAUUCAGAUUGGCUUGGCAGAUAUGCUGUAAUAAAUUUUCAUUGGCUCACAAAAGGAAAGAUUUUUUGGUUGUAUGUGAAUAUAGUUAUUGGAGCAGUAGGACUUUGACUUUAUUUUUGUGUUCAUAUAAUUCUACGGCUUGAAGCGAAAUUUGUAAAUUUUUUUUCUACUUCCAGUACAAAUUUAGCAACGAUAUUAAUGCCGUUGCUUGGGAAUGCUUUCUUUUUGCCAAUCGUCUCAGUUCUUCUAAGCAUAUUUCAAUGCGACCAAUCCAUUGGAGAUGAACUUUCUCAAAGCUUUGUAAGAAAUGAUUGCAAUCAAUUUUGCUAUAAAAAAUAUCAUCUUCCUAUCGCUAUAGUCUCAUUAAUCGCCUUAAUUGUUUAUUUACCUCUUGCUAUUUAUUUUAGACCAUUCUGAGAUCAUUCAAAUGAUGAUGCAAAUAUAAAGCCAAGGUCACUUUUUUUGAUGGUAAAAAGCCUCCUUCAAGUUUGCAUUAUAGUUCUAAAUAAAACAGUAAAGGUCUAUAGCCAGUCUUUGCAUGGGGCAUGCUAUAUCUUACUUUUUCUAGGCUUUUUAUUGUUUUGCAUAAAGAAAAAGCCUUAUAAUUAUGAUAGAUGCAACUUAUGGUCGAUUAUUUCUUAUUGCGCAAUUAUUUGAAGUGUAUCUCUUUCCUCUUUAUUCUGAAUUUUGCCAGUAAAAAUGUAUUCGAUAUGACUUGCAUUCGAAUACAUAGGAUGAGGGUUAAUGAUAGCUUUUGGGUUAUGCUAUCAAAAAAAUCAUUACCCAAGCCUACUUUAUUCUGAAGAAGCUCCUGACAUUACUUUAUUUUUCCGAUUUUCACUCGGGAGCACAAUUCUUGCCUCAGAAAUAAACGAAUCAAAUCGAGAAAGAUCCCAUAGAAAAAAAUAUUUACCCUCAGUGAUUGAAAAAACCAAGCUAAAGAAAAUUACUCAAGAUAGUGUUCUCAGCAUUUCAAAUGCGCCAAAUAAUUUAUUUACCCAUAGAGUUAGUAGUUUAUUGGUUGAGGAGCAAGAUAAUAGUGCAAUUGAUAUAAGCUCUUCAAGAAGUCUAAUUGGGGCUAAAAUAUAA